UCACCCGGUUCCUCAUCCUCCAUCACAGUGCUCAUCAUGAAACUCUCCCCGGCUUUACACCGAGCCCUCUCCCGGCGGGCACCCCGAACCGACAGAGUGUUCGGUCUGCGGAGGAGUUCGGUACCGGAGAACCGCGGUACUUUGUGGCUCCCGGUUCGGUACGCGGUGUCUGGUAGUAUCGGUGGUACCGGUACUUCUGAACCUGCUUUCAGAGUUCAAACCCAGCAGAGGAACGUCGUGGCAACCCAGAGAGAAAAUACCAUCAGUGACGUUAUCCAGAGGAGCAGUGAGGAACUCGCUUCUGUGCUGAAAACUCUUCCAGGCAUCAAGCCCACGCUGGCCAUCAUACAGGCUGGUGAAGAUGAUCCUAUACUGGACACAAAUAAAAAAAUGGCUGGAAAGGUUGGUCUGAAUGUGAUGCAGAUCUGUCUGCCCCCGCACUGUACAGAAGAAGAGGUGAUAGAGGAGGUGCUGAAGUUGAAUGAGGACCCGAACGUUCAUGGAGUGUUCCUGUGUCUUCCUCCUUCAGUCCUCUCCAGAAGAGUUCUGAACACCAUCAGGCCUGAGAAAGACGUGGACGGGGUUUCUGAUCUGAACGUGGGGCGGUUAGUAUCAGGAGCUCUUUCAGAAGGUUUCUCCUCACCUGUAGCUGGCGCUGUGCUGGAACUGCUGGCCACACACAACGCUCCUCUGGCUGGGAGGAAGGUUGUGCUGGUGGGGCUGGAAGGACCUUUAAAAGGGAUUCUCCUGUGUCUGCUGCAGAACGAGGGCAUGGAGGUGCAGACGAGCCGCUGGAGCUCCGACGGGCUGCAGAAGCAGAUCAAGCAGGCGGAUGUGGUGGUGAUUAUGGGAGCUGGACACACCACGCUCCCACUCAGCUGGUUUAAACCGGGAGUGACUCCCAUUCACUGUGGUCCUGUCAUAAUGCCAGGCUCUUCAUCUCAUGAGAAGAGGAGGGUUGAGGCUGAAUGCUGGGCAGCGGUUACAUCCAUGAGUGCAGCCCUCAGGAUGCAGAACAUAGUGACGAGCAGUAAGAGGUGGGUGGAACGACAGCAGUACCGGCCAUGGACACUCCGAGCUCUGAAGCUCCAGCCUCUGUCACCAGUGCCCAGUGACAUUGAGAUCUCCAGAGCUCAGACUCCAAAGCCCGUAGUGCAACUGGCAGAGGAGAUCGGCCUGCUACCAGAGGAACUGGAGGCCUAUGGGAGAUCCAAAGCCAAGGUUCAGCUAUCAGUGCUCAAACGCUUGAAGCAGCAGCCUAACGGCAAAUACGUCCUUGUGGCAGGCAUCACCCCGACUCCUCUCGGCGAAGGUAAAAGCACGGUGACCAUCGGGCUGGUCCAGGCGCUCUCGGCUCACCUCAAACUCAACUCCUUCGCCUGCCUCAGACAACCAUCACAAGGACCCACUUUCGGAGUCAAAGGUGGGGCAGCAGGUGGAGGAUAUGCUCAGGUCAUCCCUAUGGAGGAGUUUAAUCUGCAUCUCACUGGUGAUAUUCAUGCCAUAACGGCAGCCAACAACUUGGUGGCAGCAGCCGUUGAUGCCCGAAUCCUGCACGAAGCCACGCAGUCUGAUAAGGCCUUGUAUAACAGACUGGUUCCAUCAGUGAACGAAGUGAGACGCUUUUCUCCCAUCCAGCUGGAUCGACUAAAGCGACUUGGAAUCGACAAAUCAGACCCUGCAGCCCUUACACCUGAGGACGUUCACGCCUUCGUCUGGCUUGACCUGGACCCUGCAAAGGUCACUUGGCAGAGAGUGGUCGACACCAACGACCGCUUCCUGCGGAGCAUCACGGUCGGCCAGGCGAGCACGGAGAAAGGUCACAGCCGCCAGACUCAGUUCGAUAUCGCCGUUGCCAGUGAGAUCAUGGCCAUUCUGGCUCUGACCGACAGCCUGGCUGAUAUGAAGACCAGGCUCGGCCGCAUGGUGGUGGGCACCAGCAGAAGCGGUCGGCCUGUAACGGCUAAUGAUCUUGGGGUAACUGGAGCUCUGGCUGUACUGAUGAAGGACGCAAUCAAACCCACCCUGAUGCAAACGCUGGAGGGCACGCCGGUGUUUGUGCAUGCCGGACCUUUCGCUAACAUCGCCCAUGGAAACUCAUCAGUGCUGGCAGACCAGCUGGCGCUCAAACUGGUGGGAGAGGACGGAUAUGUGGUGACUGAAGCGGGUUUCGGUGCAGACAUCGGCAUGGAGAAGUUCUUCAACAUUAAAUGCAGAGCUUCUGGACUGAAGCCAGACGUGGUGGUGCUGGUCUCCACCAUACGAGCUCUGAAGAUGCACGGCGGGGGUCCAAACGUAACACCAGGGGUGCCACUGCCAAAAGAAUACACAGACGAGAAUCUAGAGCUGGUCUCGGCGGGCUGCAGUAACCUGAAGAAACAGAUUCAGAUCGCUCAUCUGUUCGGGGUUCCUGUGGUUGUGGCUCUCAACAUAUUUAAGACCGACACGGACGCCGAGGUCGACCUGGUGUGUCGUAUAGCCGAGGCCUCGGGGGCUGCAGCCGCGGUGCCGUGUCAUCACUGGGCGCGAGGCGGACGGGGUUCGGUGGAGCUGGCGCGUGCCGUAAAGGAAGCAGCAGCGCUGGAGAAACAUUUUAACUUCCUGUACGACCUGCAGACCCCAAUAGUAGAGAAGAUUCGCACCAUUGCGCAGAAGGUUUACGGAGCUGAUGACAUCGAAUUAUCACCCGAAGCCAAAGCUAAGAUCGAGUACUAUACCCAACAGGGUUUUGACUCUUUACCAAUCUGCAUGGCCAAGACCCACCUGUCUCUGUCUCACGUGCCUGAGAAGAAGGGCGUGCCCACCGGUUUCACCCUUCCCAUCAGAGACGUCCGUGCCAGCAUCGGAGCCGGGUUCAUUUACCCGCUGGUCGGAACGAUGAGCACCAUGCCAGGUCUGCCCACGCGACCCUGUUUCUACGAUAUCGAUCUGGAUCCUGUUACAGAGGAGAUAACCGGGCUCUUCUGAACCUCUUCAUAUCCGACACUACCUCUCAGUGACGCCACGUUUUCCACGCUGGAGUGACAGAUCAACCCGACGCCAGUGUAACGUGUCAUCCUGGCAUGUAGAGGACCGAACAGUCCCAUGGACGCGUUUAUAUACUGUAUUAAUCUUUUUAUUAUUUGUGUUAUCACGUCUGCUGUUGUGUGCUUUGUUUACAGACAUGAAAAAAUCUCACGUUAUUGUUUAUAAUUCUUGUUUUUAAUGUUUCACUGUAGAUUUAAUGUUUACAUGUAGAUUUACUUUACAGCUUUUAUUAUUUUAACAGCUGAUUUGAUUUGUGUGUUUAAACAAGAGCUAUGAGGCCAGUUUCUGUAAAUGGGUGUGUUUUACAUUACAAACCACCUGUUUUUGUUCUAGACGGGUUAAAGUACAUGGUUAAAGUGAUCCCCAAAUGGGUUCAAUAUUGUUGUUUCAUGGUUUUAUUUCCUUUUUAAACUUCGAUAAAGCUUUUUUGGUUCAUUUUGCAUUAAUGUGUUUAUUUAGGGUGGCGCAGUGGGUAGUGAUGUCACUUUAUAGCAAGAAGGGAAUGGGUUUGAUUGGUAGUCAGGGUCCUUUCUAUGUGUACUUUGUGUGGGUUUCCUCCAGGUGCUCCGGUUUCCUCCCACAAAUCCAAAGACCAACUGGAGCUGUGUGUUUGAAGUGUGUGUGUUUAUUCCCUGUGAUGGCCUGGCGACCUGUCCGAUGUGUUUCCUACUUUUUACCCAAUAAAUCAGACCCACUGCGCCCCUGACCAGGAUAAAUUUAUUUGUUUGUGUACGAUGCCUUACCAUGAGCACAAAUUGCUUACGUUUGGAUUAAACUUGCUGGGUUGUGCCCUGACA